CGCCUGUCUGUCCCUCCAUCCCCCUGCGCUGCCUCGGGCUUGCCAGUGUCCUCCCCCAGUGUGAGGUUGGAGUGGCUGUCUCUCAGGGUGAUGCCCGAGUCACCCAUCGGGUCAAUUUAAACCUGCACACACACAUCCAUCCAUCCAUUCAUCCAUCCAUCGCAGACACAUGACGUCGCAUUGCAGUGUGCAUGUGGAUCCGCGACUCGGACCUGAUUUUCUUCUCGUAGAUGAAAGAGCAAAUACAGAGGCCGAUGAUUGCCGCAACAGUGACAAGAGCGUAGGCGAGAAGCCGGAGUGGCAACGUCACCGCCAUGAUCUCAAUCCCGGUGUCCUGCAGGCAGAGGCCACAACAUGUGUGAAUGCAAUUGAUGCAGUCAUGGGAGUGCAGAGGUUUCUGCCAUGAAUUUCAGCUUACGAUGAAGCCCCAGCCUCCGACCAGGCACGUGAACCCCAGUGCCUGAAGGACAAAAAAAAGGGAGGAGAAGAGGAAUCGCCUAUGGUGCGUGUGUUUUGUGGUAUGGAAGCGCUGACGGCGAUGAUGGCCUUGGCAUAUCGGGGCAGGGGGCUCCUUCUUAGACUCUUUGUUUCGUCCUCCAUCCGUCUUUGUCGUUGUGGAUCAGAGAAGAGAAGGUUCUCCUCGCAACCUGAUGCGGAUUCCAGGUCGUUACCGCCGCGGAUCUCAGCACUACUGAUGUCUGACAAGCUGAGCUCCAGCACACGCUCGACGGUCAGUUUUUCUUCGGGGCGCAUGAGGUCGAUCUAUCGCCCCCAAGUUCGAGACGCGGGGGCGGUUCGUCAUUCAUCCCCGCCCACCGCCCAUCAGCUUGCGGAGUC